GUUCGUGAUCGUGAAAUGAUCCUGUUGUUGAAAUCGUUGCAUCUGAUGAUAAAUCAUCGACGUAAACAAGUGAUCCUGUGUCGAGUGGCUGCGUUCGUUAAACGACUUCUACAUAUAUCUUUCUUAUUACCGACCAACUACACUAUUGCGAUUCUUUGUGCCAUUCGAACCUUCUUCAUUUCACAUCCUCGAUUGAACUCGAUGCUUGAAUGUGACGAUGAUGAUAGAAGUGUCGUUAAUAAAUCGUCGGCACUUGAUGUGUUUAUACCAGAAGUGAAUGAUCCAGAUUGUUGCAAUGCGUUGUCCACGUCGAUCAUUCUCGAGACUGAUCUUUUAUCUAAGCAUCCGAAUGCGAUAAUAUCACAAUUAGCGAAGAACAUUCGCGCAGGAUGUCCCUCGUCGGGCGCUAACAGGGUAUCAGCCGACUUGAGCAAUUGUAAACCAAAUGAAAUCAUCGAGAAAUGUCCAAAUGGUAUGGUCAGUAACAGUCAUCCAUAUUUUAGCGGACAAGAACAACAGUCAACUUACUUCGAAGAAUUUACAGUCCGUGAUAUGUAA